CGCGUCUCUUCCUUCCCGGAGCUGGCAGGCGGGCCGCGGCGGCGGCGGCGGCGAGCGGCGGCGGCUGGCGGCGGACGGGCGGACUGGCGGGCGCCUCCACCUUGCUCCUUCCCUGGCUGCCGGCUUCCUUUUGUCCUUCUGGGCGGCGAUGAGCGCGGGGCCGGCGCAGCAGCUGAGGACGCACAGAGGCCCGCGCUCCUAGUCACUCCUCCCGGCCUCGGCGGUCUUGUCCCGCGGAGCGGCCCGCGUACGCUGCAGCCGCCGCCGGCGCGGAACUUGGGCUUGGGAAGCCGGCGGACCGCGUCCUGCGCCGGAGCAGGGGCAUGGUCUAGCGGCCCGGUCAGGAGGCGGAAACACGCCCCGGAGGUCCUGACCCUCUCCCUCUCGGCCUCCACCUGAUCCCUGGUGUAAGUCGCCGCCAGCAGCCAUGGGUAAGCAGAACAGCAAGCUGCGGCCCGAGGUGCUGCAGGACCUGCGGGAGAACACGGAGUUCACCGACCAUGAGCUGCAGGAGUGGUACAAGGGCUUCCUCAAGGACUGCCCCACCGGCCACCUGACUGUGGACGAGUUCAAGAAGAUCUACGCCAACUUCUUCCCCUACGGCGACGCCUCCAAGUUCGCCGAGCAUGUCUUCCGCACCUUUGACACCAACGGCGACGGCACCAUCGACUUCCGGGAGUUCAUCAUCGCGCUCAGCGUGACCUCGAGGGGCAAGCUGGAGCAGAAGCUCAAGUGGGCCUUCAGCAUGUACGACCUGGAUGGCAACGGCUACAUCAGCCGCAGCGAGAUGCUGGAGAUCGUGCAGGCCAUCUACAAGAUGGUGUCCUCGGUGAUGAAGAUGCCAGAGGACGAGUCCACCCCAGAGAAGCGCACGGACAAGAUCUUCAGGCAGAUGGACACCAACAAUGAUGGUAAACUGUCCUUGGAAGAAUUCAUCAAAGGUGCCAAGAGCGACCCCUCCAUCGUCCGCCUGCUGCAGUGCGACCCCAGCAGCGCCAGCCAGUUCUGAGCGAGCGGCCCAGACAGCGCAGAGGAACACAGGCUUGCCGUGCCGUUCACGCUUUGCUUGCAAGAGUGGAUGCCCCGCCAGUCGCCUGCUCUCCCGUCCCCGACCUGGGCCACGCAUCGUACCUGCCGGGCCCCGGCUGCGCCUCCCUCCUUCGCCUGACCAGUGUGACAUUCCUCCCCUCACGCCCGGCCCGGUCCCUUCCAGGGCGACUCCCAGGGAUGUGAUGUCAUGCAGGAUUAGUGUUCUUGGUUCCAGACACCCCCCGGCUCAUGGGGAGACCAGGCAGGACCUUCCGAGGCUGCGCCUGGCCAGCUCGUGCAUUCUGUGAUCCCAAGUGACUCCGUGGGAAGGGUGGGGACGAGGCGUCAGGAGGGUAGACAGGGAGCCCCUCCCGUGCAUGGCUGCCCCUGUUCACUUUCUCCACCACGGCCACUGCACGUAUAGAUCCUGCGAUCCCCUUUCUUUUAAUAUAUAAAUUAUGUAUGGUGAAGUGAAAUGUAAUGUGUAGGUCCCGUAUUUAAUGCCUCUAACUGCCUUUGAAGCGCGGCCCCCUGUGGCCGUGGCCCCCAAGCCUGGCUGUCGUGUGGUAUUUAUGCUCUCUCCGUCUGCCUGUUUCUAAGGAAACGCAUGCCUGCCCUGAGCGGUGGUGACCCUCCUGUCCGUGUCGUGAAUGCAGGCAUUUGUGUCUGGUCUGUCCUCCCUGUUGAUUGGUCUGGCAUUUCUGGUAUUAAAAUGAUAAAAUAAAUGGCA